GCAGGCAGAUGCCAACCAAGUGCGACUUUCUAAUUCAUGAAGAAAGAGGACAAUAACGACGAGCAAUCCAAGAUGAGCAUCGCGCCCAUCCAUAUAAAAUGGAUGCGAGAAGCAAUGCUAAUGGCAGAAGAGGCAUUAGCACACAGCGAAGUGCCCGUGGGCUGCGUCUUUGUGCGCAAUCACAGCGUUAUCGCACGUGCGAGGAACCGCACCAAUGAGCUAAGAAAUGCUUCCAGACAUGCCGAGCUUGAAGCCAUCGAUCUUAUCCUUGCUGAUAAGGACCUGACACCAGAGUCCACUCGUUAUCCUCUGGCAGACACUGUACUGUAUGUCACAGUGGAACCUUGCAUCAUGUGCGCGUCUGCACUUCGCCAGCUAGGCAUUAAAGAGGUAUUUUACGGAUGUGAGAAUGAUAAAUUUGGCGGGUGCGGCAGCGUUUUAGGUGUCAAUGCAAGCGUGAGGCAUCCGGUUCAUCCAUCUUACCAAGCCACUGGAGGGUACCUUCGAGAAGAAGCCAUAAUGAUUUUGCGCCGGUUUUACGUGACGGAAAACACAAAUGCUCCUGUCCCAAAGCAAAAGUUAACUCGGGUUCUCAAGACAGAAAUUCCCCCGAAGAUCCAAACCUGACCGCCGCCCAAGGUGGCAUUACGUUCCAAAUGUUUGAAUGUCAGCAUGAGAAGGCUGCGGCGACGCUUGCACAUUUUAUAAAAUGGGUUUUUUCACAGGUC